CAGUACACUAACAACAGACAAUGUCAGGUCAAAACAUUGUUUUAACAGAAGAAUACAUUCCUUAAGAAAUGCCGAAUUAUAUUAAGACGUAAGAUGUAGCCGAUUGCUAAAUAACUGAAUAUGAUUUGUGGUUCACAAUUUGUCUCAAACUUUACGGAGAGUGGAACAACAACAAUACUCAUGGGUCUAAAAAAUGACUACACCCCGUUUAUUGUAUGCUGGAGCAAGAACCCAUCUAGUCCUCAUUCUGGGAACACUGAAAAGCCAUCUAUCAGGGUUACGCCUAGUGGAGACAUAAAUUAUAGACAGGCGCACUCGAAUAUAGACAAGAUCUGCUUAUGCAAUGGUCAAAAACGUAAAGGGUGUGAAGACUUUAAAGACGCUGGUUUAUCUCUUGAAAAUAAGACUGAUAAUACCCUAAAAAAUACGAAGAAGCUUACUUUUCGAAGAGCAGGGUAG